CACCAUGGCCUCUGGAUACACCAUGAUGGACCCCAUCUGUCUGGUGGAAAAUCAGAAUAAUCAGCUGACAGUAAACCCAACAGCACUGGAGAUUCUAGACAAGAUGUCUCAGCCUGUGGUGGUGGUGGCCAUCGCAGGUCUGUAUCGGACAGGAAAAUCCUACCUGAUGAACCGCCUGGCAGGACAGAACCAUGGAUUCUGUCCAGGCUCCACAGUGUGGUCUGAAACCAUGGGCAUCUGGAAGUGGUGUGUACCCCACCCCUUGAAGCCCAACCACGCUCUGGUCCUUCUGUAUAUUGAGGGCCUGGGUGAUGUGGAAAAGGGUUAUUCAAAAAAUGACUCAUGGAUCUUUGCCCUGGCCGUGCUUCUGAGCAGCAUGUUUGUCUACAACAGCAUGGGCACCAUCAACCACCAUACCCUGGAGCAGCUGCACUAUGUGACUGAACUAACAAAGCUCAUCAGGGCAAAAUCCUCUCCCAGCUCUGGUGAAGUAGGUGAUUCAGCCAUGUUUUUGAGUUUCUUUCCAGACUUUGUUUGGGUUGUACGGAAUUUCACACUGGACCUGAAGUUAGAUGGAUGCACCAUCAGUGAAGAUGAGUACCUGGAGAAUGCCUUGAAGUUCCAGGUAUCAGAGGAUGGUCUGGGUGGUCUGGGGACUCUGGCAAAGGCAGAUGUGGAUACCAUCAACAGUGGAGCAGUGCCUUGUUUGGAAAAUGCAGUGAUAACUCUGGCUGAGCGUGAGAACUCAGUGGCUGUGGAGAAGGCAGCCGACCACUACAGUGAGCAGAUGGCCCAGAGAGUGAGCUUCCCCACACACAUGCUGCAGGAGCUGCUGGACCUGCAUGCAGCCUGUGAGAAAGAAACCAUUGCAAUCUUCAUGGAGCACUCCUUCAAGGAUGACAACCAAGUGUUCCAGACGAAGCUUAUGGGCAUCAUAAAGAAAAAGAAGGAAAAUUUCUUGCUGAAGAAUGAAGAGGAAUCUCUCAAAUAUUGCCAGGCUCAGCUUACACAGCUUUCAAAGCCACUGAUGGAAGGCAUUUUGAGAGGAACUUUCUCUGUACCUGGAGGAUACAUUCUCUACUCAGGGGAAAUGAACAAGAUUGAACAGUCCUAUGAAUUGGUGCCCAGGAAGGAGUGA